UUCUGGGCCGCGCGGGCCGGAAGUGUAGCGUUGCCAUGGCGACGGCCGGGCGCGGGGCCCGCCCCUGCGGCGCCCGCAGGAGCGCGGGGCUGACUGACCGGUGGACCGGAUCCGAUCGACUGCGCGAGGCGGAAGGCCAGUGGGAGCCACCUGAUCGCCCGCCCAAGGCUCCUCCAAAGGGGCCACUCUCCUGAAGACCGUUCCAGACUCACUGCGCUUGGUGCCCGGCUGCUCAGAGCCUCAUCCCCGGACUCCAGGUCUGGGACCCCAGGACUCAAGCACAGGCCCUGCCUUGGCCUCUCACAGCUGCUGAGCCCGCCCUCCGGCCACACCUCCUCCUCAGCGCUGAUACACUGACCCUGGAAGACACACCGAGAAGGGAGAAGGGAAGGACGGCCAGGCCAUGGCUGCUCCCAGGCCCCACCCGGGCUCCUGAGGCCCGGAAGGCGAGGGGUCUUGCAGGACUCCCAGGGGCCUCUGCUCACUGCCUGGCCCCCCGGCCCCUUCGGUGAGGUGCCAGGAAGCUGCAACUUUGUUAUCUGGUGACUAGCUGCAGAGCUGGGACUGAGGCGGCUGGGUCCCACACUGCUCCCCACAGGCUGUGCACCCUGAACCCAAGAGGGAGGGAGGGAGGCCCUGCCCGGUGAGCUGCCAGGCUCCUGGGAGGCAGGCUGAGGUGCCCUCCCACGCUGCCCUUUCUGCCUUGGUCCUGCACCCCUCAGGGCUGCCUGGGCCUGGUCACGGAGUGGAGCCUCCUGACCCAGCCUUGCCAGGGGCAGAGUGCUCUGAGCCUUGGGGAGGGGAUGCCCCCGAGGGUGCCAGUCCAGUCAGCUGCCCCACCCCUCAGCGCCAGCCUGGCCCCUUUGCUGCCCCAUCUGGUGCCCCGAGCAGCGCCCCCAGCAGGCAGCCCCCGCCAUGGCCGAGCACCUGGAGCUGCUGGCAGAGAUGCCCGUGGUGGGCAGGAUGAGCACCCAGGAGCGGCUGAAGCACGCCCAGAAGCGCCGUGCCCAGCAGGUGAAGGUGUGGGCCCAGGCUGAGAAGGAGGCCCAGGGCAGAAAGGGCCACAGGGAGCGACUGCGGACGGAGGCGGCCGUGGGCAAGCCCCGGAAGCGGGUCCUCUUUCCUCCCAGCGUCACCCUCCUGGAGGCUGCUGCCCGGAAUGACCUGGAGGAAGUCCGUCAGUUCCUUGCGGAUGGGGUUAGCCCUGACCUGGCCAACGAGGAUGGUCUGACAGCCCUGCACCAGAGCUGCAUUGACGACUUCCGGGAGAUGGUGCAGCAGCUCCUGGAGGCUGGGGCCAAGGUCAACGCCCGUGACAGUGAGUGCUGGACACCCCUGCACGCCGCAGCCACUUGCGGCCACCUACACCUGGUGGAGCUGCUCAUUGCCCGUGGUGCUGACCUCUUGGCAGUCAACACUGAUGGGAACAUGCCCUACGACCUGUGUGAGGAUGAGCAGACGCUGGACUUCCUUGAGACAGCCAUGGCCAACCGCGGCAUCACGCAGGACAGCAUCGAGGCGGCCCGGGCCUUGCCGGAGCGGCACAUGCUGGAAGACUUCCAGAGUCUGCUGCAGUCGGGGGCCGACCUUGACGCCCCAGGGGACCACGGGGCCACGCUGCUACACAUCGCUGCUGCCAAUGGGUUCAGCGAGGCGGCUGCCCUGCUGCUGGAGCACGGGGCCAGCCUGAGUGCCAAGGACCGCGACGGCUGGGAGCCACUGCAUGCAGCGGCCUACUGGGGCCAGGGGACCAGCGGGAGGGCUCCUGUGACCCUCCGCCCACUUCGCUGCAGACCUGUGCGGGGACGAGGAGGUGCGGGCCAAGCUGCUGGAGCUGAAACACAAGCACGAUGCGCUCCUGCGCGCCCAAGGUCGCCAGCGCUCUCUGCUUCGCCGCCGCACUUCCAGUGCCGGCAGCCGGGGGUGGUGAGGCGGGUGAGUCUGACCCAGCGCACCAGCCUGUACCGAAAAGAGCACGCCCAAGAGGCCAUUGUGUGGCAGCAGCCACCACCCACCAGCCCGGAGCCACCCGAAGUGGAUGACGACCGCCAGACAGACGCGGAGCUCAGGCCCCCACCCCUGGAGGAAGAGGACCCUGAGGUGUCCAGGCCGCACAAUGGCCGAGUGGGGCCUCCUCCGGGGCGACACCUGUACUCCAAGAGGCUGGACCGCAGUGUCUCCUACCAGCUGAGCCCCCUGGAGAGCACCACCCCCGAUGCCCUGGGCCGGGCCAAGGCCCACCACACUCUGGCAGAGCUCAAGCGCCAGCGAGCUGCUGCUAAGCUGCAACGUCCCGUGCCCGAGGGCCCUGAGGCCCCCGAGUCUGGCCUGCCUUUGGACACUGAGACACCCCAGCCCGAGUGCAGCCCCAGGGCUGGUGGAGACCCGCCCCUGCUCAAGCUCACAGCCCCCUCGGAGGAGGCCCCCAUAGAUAAGAGGCCGUGCUGUGUGCUCAUGUGAGGGUCCCGCUGCCAGGCCCAGCCAGCAAGGGGCCUCCCCGCCUCCCCACUCAGAAAUGGACCUGUGGCAGAAGCCAUACCUGGGGGGCACCUGGCUGCACAGACCAAGUUUCAUCCUGUGACUUGAUAAAGGACCCUUCUGCCACCUGCAUUGUGUAUCUCAGCUGGGCCACCAUCCCUGUGGUGGGGAGCUAUUGUUACUGGGCCAGGGUGCACCGUCCCUGUGAGCACCUGUCUGGGGCCUGUAGGUGCGCUCUGGGGCUCGCUGGUGGUGGCCCAGCCCCUGUGUGGCAGUGAGGCCCGUAGCCACUGGGCAAGAAGUCUGGCGCUCACCGCCCCCUGCCUGCCCAGCCUCCUGGAGAUUCCUCUGUAACUCUUUGCUUUCCUGAGGGGAGCAGGGAGCUUUGGAAGGACACUCCUUGGGGACCAGGACUGGGGGAGUCUAUCCCAGAGCAGGGAUCCUGGUUUGGAAAGGGGGGUCUGGAGGUAGGGGGUGAAGCCUUUACAAGGCUAGUGUCAGAAACCGCCCUGGGGGGGUGGGUCUCCCCUUUCUGGCAUGCAGCCUGAUCCUGGGGCCUGGCUGCCAGCUUUUGCCUGGGCUGGCAAAGGGGGCGAGCAGUUGGCCACUCAGGCUCUGAGCUGGCUGGGCACCAUGUGUCAGGAUGACAGGGGCCUCGAGUGGGAGGGCUGAGGGCACUGCCAGCUCAUCUGUCCAUGGUGGGCAGCUUUGCGUGGCCAGCAGCCCUGGGUGGCAUGGGUUCAGGUCACCUUCUGCUCCUGUCAGUCCCAAGUCUGCAGGGCCCUAAGCA